UGGGAUUUGAACCGGCAACCUUCCAGCCACAGGCGCAGUGUUUUUCAACUGUUGAAAGCGUGACCCUGUUUUGCUGUAAAUCUGUGCAGGGUCUGCAGGUCAGCAAGAAGAUGGCGAAUUGCCUCUUAAUUCUCCAAACCGAGCUUCACUCUUUCAUGGAGGUUUUGCUCAAAUCGAUCGUGUAUGAAGUGUCAGAAAUUUUCCGAAACAAGAUGUCUGACUCUGAGGACGAUUUUCAAGACAAACUGCGCAGCAUCUCCCGGAUUCUGGUGAGACGGACCGUGUUUAAAAUCAUCCAGUGUGUGGAAGACAGUGUCGGAAGUGAAAUGGCGCAACUGAAGAAAGAAAACGAGAGCCUGAAGUGGAGAUUGCAGUUGUGGGAGAAGGAUUCGGGAACAGGAGGAGAUCAGGCGCAGACAGAUCAUGUUGGACACACGCUUCCCUGUGAAGUCACUGCAGAAAUAAAAGAAGAAAUGGACACGAAACUGGAGCUGUCAGGCUCAGAGGCCAGUACUCUCCCUGAUGCUAAGGAAAGGGCUGCUCUUGAACAGCAGCACAGUGAGGAGGAAUGGAGCUUCAGUCUAAUGCAGGAGACAGAGCUCACUGCUGCAGAAAGGAAAGAGAAACUCAGUGACCAGCACACAGAGAGCAGACAGAGUGUGGAGGAUCUGGGUUCUGUGCACAUGAUAAAGACAGAGCCUGAGAGUGAGACAUCUGGAGUCUUGGUAUCUGAUGAUGUAAGAGACAGGUUUAAUAAUCUGGACACUAAAAAUAUUAGACAAAGCUGUAAUGAACUGGAUGGCAUCUCUGUACAUGUGGUUAAAGAAGAACUGGAUGAGUUUGAAGUAAUAGGGCAUGACAUGGAGCCCCAGUUGAUUGACCCUGCAGAGCAGCAGACUGAUGUACCUAAUGAAGAGAACAGUACUGAGUUACAGCUUACAGAGGAGAGUCAGUACAGGGAGGAACAACAGGGAGGCCCAGAGGACUUGAUAAUAAUUAGGCUUUCUUCUGCAGAAAUACAGAGACUGUCGGUGCAAUCAAGUCAAAAAAAAAGUCACCAGUGCACUCACAAGGGGGAGAGAACAUUCAGUUGUACUCUAUGUGGGAAGUGUUUCAGUCGCUCAAACCAUUUAAAAACUCACCAGCUUAUUCACACAGGAGAGAAACCUUUCAGCUGCAGUCAGUGUGGGAAGAGUUUUAGUCAGGCAAGUAAUCUAGAAAGACACCAGCUUAUUCACACAGGAGAUAAACCAUUUAAAUGUAGUCAGUGUGGGAAGAGUUUUAGUUUGGCAAGCAAAUUAAAAACCCACCAGCUUGUUCACACAGGAGAGAAACCCUUUAGCUGUAUACAGUGUGGGAAGGGUUUUAGUCAUUUAAGCAAUUUAAAAAGACACCAGCUUGUUCACACAGGAGAGAAACCUUUCAGCUGCAGUCAGUGUGGCAAGAGUUUUAAUGGGUUAAGCCCUUUAAAAAGACACCAGCUUGUUCACACAGAAGACAAACCAUUUAGCUGCAGUGAGUGUGGGAAGACAUUUAAUAAGUCAACUCUCUUAAAAAGACACCAGCUUGUUCACACAGGAGAGAAACCCUUCACCUGCAGUCAGUGCGGGAAGAGCUUUAGUCAGGCAGGCAGUUUAAAAUCCCACCAGUUUAUUCACACAGGAGAGAAGCCUUUCACCUGCAGUCAGUGUGGGAAGAGUUUUAGUCAGGCAAGCAGUUUAAGAACCCACCAACUUGUUCACACAGGAGAGAGACACAGGGUAAGCCAAUACACAGAAGGUUAUUAAUUAUUAAUGUACAGGAGCUGUACAAUGAUUUACUAAUAAAAAACAUUAAAUCA